AUGUCAAAUGGUAAUCAAGAAAAGAAAGGCGGUGAGAAAUCGAAUGAUACUGCUACUGUCGCUACGACUGAAACUGAUAAAGCUCAGAUGGCUCUAAUGAUUUUGAGAAACCUAUAUAAACGAGCUCUUGAACUUAAGAAAAGAGUCUGGAAAUUAGACUUCUAUACAGCCUGUUUAUGUAUUCUAGGUAUAAUUGUUGGGAUUGUUAUUAUAGUUUUAAAAAUACAUUUUAAGGAAUUAGAUGAUAUUAUAGGCAUUUCCGUGUCUUCUGUUAGUUCUUUCGUUUCCGCAAGUGGUGCAAUUACGGCUUUUUAUUCAUUUCUUAGUUCCUCCACUUCCAUUUCAGAUUCUGAUCUUGAGAAAGGUAUUAAAGGUUCUGAGUUCGAAAGUCUUGCAAAACCUGCUGCUCUAAUUGUGAAAUCACCCGAAUUAAUAAAAGAAGUGUAUGACAAUAUUAUAGAAAUAAGAGAAAAGAAUAAUCAAACAGCAAAAAUGGAAGCGGCUCAAUGCCUUUAUGCGUUUCUUGGUUGUAUUGCUCUUUUUUGUAUUGCGGGGUAUGAUCUUUAUAAUUUUGUUAUUAACCAACCUAAUGGAAUUUAUGUGGAUGUUGCCCUUAUUGGUCUUGGUGUCAUUGGUCUUUAUUACUGUCUAUGUGUCGGUCUCGCGCUGCAAUAUGCAAAAGAAAAUUUGAAAUCGUUUUAUUGUUGUCUUUUCCUUUGUGUUUGUGGCGUUUGUCUUCUAGACGAAAAUCGGGAUCUAAAGAGGAUUUGUUUGACACGUAUAGAAGAAGAAAAAAUUUUAUAUCAUCUCUAUGUCAAGAACAAUAAUACCGUCAGUGAGCAAAGUUUUUCAUAG